GAUAACCGUCGUUAAGAAGGUAACGCCGCCAUUUAAUUACCGACUCAAGAUUAUAUCUCUUGUCUCCGAAUCGGGACCUUUUGCUAUGUAUUUGUUUAGUUUUAAUCAAAAAUAAAAAGGGAAGAGUACAAGUGUGAGCAAUCCCUCGGCCCAGUCUGGCUUUUUAACUCAUCGGAAGUUAACCGGGGAUAUACAAGGAAGGUACUUCCGAAGAGCGCCUCCUGUUUAAAUAAGACCGUUUUUCCUCUGUUUUUUGUUUUUGUUUUGUUUUUGUUUUUUUUAAUCUCCUCGGCUGUGUUGUUAUCACGCAAUUUUCAUUUUGCUGUAACCAACGACUGUCAAGCAUGACGGAGGUGAAAGACGCGGAGCAAACCAAGUUUCAGAUGUCUGAGGGCGACUGGAUUUGCACCGAUCCUCACUGUGGUAAUAUCAACUUUGCCUGGAGAAAUAAAUGCAAUCGUUGUAACAAAGAUCGUAUAGAAGGGCCUGUGAAAAAGAAACUCGGCCAAGAAAUAGGCAAAGCUUUGGCUGAAAAAAGCCGAGGAUUAUUUAGUGCUGAUGAUUGGCAGUGUAAUAAAUGCGGUAAUGUAAAUUGGGCCAGACGUCAACAAUGCAAUAUGUGUAAUGCUCCUAAAUUUGGAGAGAUAGAAGAAAGAACUGGAUACGGAGGUGGUUACAAUGAUAGAGGUGUAGUUGAAUAUGUGAAGAGAGAUGACUCAGACAAUGAGUACGAUGAGUUCGGAAGAAGAAAGAAAAAUAAGACUUCAAUAACUGAAGAAGAACACCGCCGUAGUGAAGAGGAGGAAGAAGAAGAAGAGGAUGAUGAUGAUGAUGAAGGUGAUAAUAAUGACUUAUCUAAAUAUGACCUUAGCAGUUGGGGUGAUGAGAAUGAAGAACAAAAAACUAAAGACUUAACAGAACGUUCAAAUGAGACUCGUAAAAAUGAUCAGCGAUCAAGAUCACGUUCAAGGUCUCCUUCAAAAUACAAAUAAAUUCACAAUCACCUUCCUGUGCAAAGUAAAAUUAUUAUCUUCUAUUUGUGAGUGUUGAAUGCAUAGGUUAAAACCCCGUUUCCUUAUUUAACCUGUUAUUGAAGAUAAAGGUAUCCUAAAAAAUAGGCUUGUAUUUUAUCUCAGACUUGAUUAUCACUUUUGCAACACUCCUACUAAAUAUAACUUUGUAUUUUACAAAUUGUGUUUCAAAAUAUAUGUAAUUUCUACCAUUAUUCUAUUUCUUGGCAACUUGCUGUGAGGGAGAAAAAAAAAA